AUGUUGCCCGAAUUUUUGCAGAGUAGUUACGCUCGCUACAAAGCAGAUACCAAUACAUUUGCAAUAUGGCUACUGGAGACGGCGAGCCGAUGUGGCUAUCGACCAUCCACGCUCUCUGCUCCCGUCCCUACUGCCAAAGAGGGUAAGAGUAAACGCAAAGGCAAAAGCGAUGAUCCAGAUGCAGAUCCAUCACUUCACUAUAGAGCGACUACCAAAGAUUUGCAAAAGCUCGCCGAUGUGAUUGCCCACUCUGCUCUCACCGUACCCAAGUCAGUUCUCAUCAUCGCGAAGCGCGCCAUCAAACUGAGAAAAGCGGUGACUUCCUGGUUCUUGGGCCAGGGCGACUCCACAAACAACAGGCGGCAUGCUCAUUUCAUCGAUGUGCUGGAGCAGAUUUGUGACGCGCUCGAAUGGAAAAUCAACACGCCCCCGAAGCCAGAUGCUAAGCAGUCAUUACCGACUUCUGAGGCCCACAGUGACGACGCCGAUGCUGACCGGUUUGUAAACAAAUUUGCCGUUCUCACGGUGGAGGAACCCCAGGAUACUGCGCAAGCUCAACCGACGCCCGCAGAAUCUAAGAAGGUCGUUAAGGUGACUGUUGUUGAAGAGGAAGAGGACGACAAUGAGGCAGCAGACUCGCAUUUUAGUCGGUUGUUCUUCAAGACCCUCUGCUUACUUCAAGACCUAAACAAUAUGCGAAAAUUCAUUUCCGUCACCUGGUCAGAGUAUCGAGAUAAGAAAAUCGACCUUAUGAACGCCGCUGUCGUGACUGACAGUGCUUUACAACUUGCCCGAGAUCUUGUGAAGGAAGUGGAGGAAGACUGGCGCACUUCGCUCACGGGAGAAAAGGACGAUGUUCAGACUCUUGUCUACAAUUAUGCUGUAUUGACUCGCGGAAUGUCUGCGGCUCCAUCCACUGAGAUUGGUCUGCCAUACAACAGGAACAUGGCUGAUAUAGCCGACUGGUGCUAUAUUCCAACUAAGGUCCUUCUUGAGUCCUUUGCAAGUGUUCUCCAGGACAAUCAUCUGCCAGUCUUUAAAAAAGAAUACUUCGGCACCUAUAACCUGAAAGCGGAUAGAGAGCGGAUGUCUGUCGGUCAGAAGUUUAGUGAAGACAAAAUCAUUCUUCUUUCGAUUUUGCCAGAGUUUUGCAUGCUUGAUACAUUCCAAAUCCAGAUGCCUACCGAGGACACCAUCACUCGAGGUCUUACUGAGUUUGCCAAGACCAAACGGGUUACCAUGUGGCUUUGCUUCUUCUCCCAGAUCUUCCUCGACGUCCAUCAUAUCAUGCGAUACAGUACGUUGGGUGCAUUCGAAGACCUCCGAGUGUCUGGACUUCGUAUCCAGAAGACUAUUGAUGACUACCUGCAACUGUCUACAACACACCCUCAGCCCAAAUUUUGGCCAAAAGAGAGUGACGAGGAAAUUCGAAAUAUAGGCAUGACCGUGAAGUCAUGGAUCAUACAAGAUCUGUUCCUUGAUAUUCGAGUCCGGUCUGGAAUCGACAAAGUUGGUUCCCCACCCGAAAAGCAUGCGCUCCUCUCACAGCACGCUAUACUCUGCGGCUUGUUCCUGUUCAACCUCAAUACUCGUAUGCAGUUUGUUGGCCAGCAGCUCGUCACCCAAUGGUACGAUGUCCAACAACUGGCCUUCUUGCACAACCUUGUCAUAAAUUCUCCAACGCAUAAGGACCUGAGAUGGCAUGAUAUGGAUGCUUUCAUCAAGAUCCACGGGGAAUCUCAUAUUUUCAUUGGGUCUCGGCCAGAGAACGCCAAGGAAUCUCUGAACAGGCUUGAGUUGGCCACAGGCAUCUCAUCCGUUGCCAAUUUUGCCCGUGAUUCCCGGAGCAAAAGAUUUCAUGCUCCUGAUGGCAAGGCUCCCCGAGUGCUCAAGCCCACUACUACUGUGGCGAACUUGUUCUUCACCCAGUACGUUGGUGGUUCUGAGAAAGAUGGCGGGAUUUGCCACAUUGACAGAGUCCUGGACGAACUUUCACAGAAUUCAAAGCUUGAAUCAUCCAGUAAUGAGCUUCGGAGAGCCAAUCCGGAAUUUUUCAUUGCUCGAAAGUGGUCUAACACCCACAACAUUGACACGCUGCACCUUCUCGCCUUCCUGAAGACCAAGCUUUUCGAAGAGGAGCCCAUCAUCUUGUACAACUACUUCGGCAUGCACAAACGCUCUGUCGAGCUACUCAGACUGAUCCGAGACAAAGAGCACCACAAAUUCGUUCAAUAUUUCCCGUCGCCGUACAUACCUGAUGAUUCUUUCAUAUCUAACAUCGUCAUCCUUAUCCAUCACGUUGCGCAAGGCUCGGCCCGAAAUGCACGUGCAAUGGGACUGGCCUCUGGUGGAGCUGAGGUAAUGAGUCGCAUUGUCAUGAGCGCUGGCGACGUGAUGCGAGAAUACUUGAAGAAGAAUGGAGAUGUGGCAUGCAAAGAGCUGAGAGUGUUCUGCAAAAACAAAAAACCAAUUCAAGAUGACGUUGUCUAUGACACGGGCAAAUCAGACAAGCCGAUGUAUUCUUUCAGUCUUGAGGACGUUCUGGGUCCUAAGGGCGUGGCCUAG